AAUUAGAUUGUUUCAACAUUUGGUCUUGGUCUUCCAGUAAACGUGCGACUAGAAUAAAGGAAUCCGAUUAAGGAACAAAUCUUCCCGCAGAAGAAACUCUCUCACUGCUGUACCAACUUCCUUCCCCGUCUCUCUCACUCUCAUUGCGCUCAAUAAACCUCUCCGAAAUCCCACUGUCAUGGACGGCGAUGGAGCUGAAGGCGGCGAAUUUCUCCUCUCUUUACUCCACAAGCGACAACACCAAACCGAAACACCAUCACAGCAAUCAUCGGCCUCUCCAUUACCCUCUCAAGCCUCUCCUUUCACCACUCCAUUACCUCAUCGUCGUCGUCAGCAGAAACAGCAGCAGCAUCAGCAUCAGCAUCAGCUUCAGCAUAACCAGCAAUCCGUGAUACUUGAUCCUGCUGCUGCGGCGGCCGUCGGCCCCACCGUGCCGUUCCUUCGCGAUCUUCCGCCUUCUUCACGGCCUCAAAAUUUUUCACCUCCUUUUCAUCCAGAUUUUCUAGGGUUUACCCAAUCCCCUUUGCCUAGAAAUCAAUUCCAAGGAAAUCAUUUUCGUGGAAGUCAACAAGUCAAUGAUUUGCAAAGAUUAGGGCCUUUGGGAAACAGUACGGCUCAUAGUUAUUCUCAGCAUAAGCAACCGGAGCAUGAACAGCAACAGAAGCUACUUGGAUUGCUAGAGCAGAAGCCUGUGUUUCCCUAUCUUAUGCAACGCAAUGGAAGUGAACUGAACGGAAAUUCUCUUCAUGACUCCAAGUCUAGAAGCUAUGUUGGCGAUAGCGGAUCGGACAGGAAUAGGAAUAGGCAAUUCAACUCGCGAUCGAAUUCUAGUUCCAAUCCUAAUUCAAAUGCCAUGAGGCAUGGCGACCUUGAUUUGCCUCACCAGCGGAAAGAAGCCAUUUGGGCGAGACAGCAGCAGGGCGGUGGAAAUUACAGGUCAAUACCUCAACCAGGGUUUUCCAGCGAGUCCAGAGCGGAAGUGAAUCGAGAAUCUGGGAGUAGGACAAGAGAAUUUAAGCACAAUGCGAAUAAGCAAAAGGACCAUAGUGAAUUUAGCAACAGGAGAGAUUAUUCUCGUAACAUUCACAGCAAGUCGCAUGAAUUGGAUCUAAUUGGUCAGCUGAAUCUUCCUGGCACGCCUGCUCGAAGAACUCUUCAGUCUUUUCCAGCAACAUAUGUUGAAGAGCCUUUGUUGGAAUUGCAUAAAGAGGUUGUUGAAGAUGGCAACGGAGGUAGCAACACUAGCUAUGUUGGUGACAGUGAACUGGAUGAUUUAACUGAGCAGCUUGUUGAUUCUUUAGUAGUUGAGGAUGUAUCUGUUGACAAGAAUGGAAAGAAGCAACGUCGAAACUCACACCGGAAGGAUUCAAGAUCAGAUACCCGUGGAAAAUAUAUUCUUAGCCAAAGAAUGAGAAUGCUUCGAAGGCAGAUGGUUUGUCGGAGAGAUAUUGACAGCUUAAAUGCUCCUUUUCUUUUAAUUUAUGAGUCUCUAGUACCACCAGAGGAAGAAAAGGCAAAGCAGAAGCAACUGUUAAUGUUGUUAGAGAAAUUAGUUAAUAAAGAAUGGCCUCAAGCUCAAUUGUACCUCUAUGGAUCAUGUGCCAACUCAUUUGGUGUGUCGAAAAGUGAUAUUGAUGUUUGCCUUGCAAUGGAAGAUGCUGAUAUUAACAAGUCCGAGGUUCUGCUAAAGUUGGCUGAUAUCUUACAAUCGGAUAAUUUUCAGAACGUGCAGGCAUUGACACAUGCUAGGGUGCCCAUAGUAAAGCUUAUGGAUCCAGAAACUGGAAUAUCCUGUGACAUCUGUGUAAACAAUGUUUUGGCUGUUGUGAAUACAAAGGUUCUUCGUGAUUAUGCUUGCAUUGAUGAGAGAUUACGGCAGUUGGCUUUCAUCGUUAAACAUUGGGCCAAGUCAAGAGGUGUUAAUGAAACUUACCAAGGAACACUCUCUAGCUAUGCGUAUGUCUUAAUGUGCAUACAUUUCUUACAGCUGCGUAGACCUGCGAUCCUCCCAUGCUUACAGGAAAUGGAGGCAACAUACUCCGUGACUGUAGACGACAUUGACUGCACUUUCUUUGAUCAAGUUGAAAAACUCAGUGGCUUUGGAUCCCGCAACAGUGAAACUAUAGCUCAACUGGUGUGGGCGUUCUUCAAUUAUUGGGCAUAUUAUCAUGACUAUGCAAAUAAUGUUAUAUCUGUUCGCAGUGGUAGCAUAAUAAGACAGAUCAUCAAAGAAGAACUGACCCAAGCCCUAGCAAGUAGCAAUCGUGUUUCAAAUUUCAAGGAUGAUAAAAGGAAAUAUUAGAUGUUAUUACAUGCAAAUGUGGAGUUUCCAUAACUUCAUUUUUAGAGAAAAGGCUAACCUUAUCAAGCUUUUCAAAGAAUGAUUUGUGUUCGUCACUGCUAGCAACUUUUUGGAACUCCUCAGAUAUUUCAAGCUGGAAUUUCCAUCAACCGUGCCCUAGCGACCGUGCUACUCAAGCUCGAAGAUGGGGAGGUCGCCGCCUGCUUGUUCUGUCCCGAGAAUGGAGGAAGAAGAAGAACAUUCGGCUCUGUCGCGAUUUAGGCUAGGGCUGCAUUUUUUUUUUAAAAAAAAUCCAUCCAAAACGACGUCGUUUUGGAUGGAUGUUGCAGAAAAAAAAAAUCGCUCAGCAACGACUAGGCCGACUAGUUGGGGCUUAAUCGGGUCACUGAUUAAGUGACCCGAUUUCACCCUAGACGCGGCGGACAACGCCGAUCACCACCUAGUCGGCCGACUUUUGCAACAGUGGUUGAGGGUAAUUUUUCGCACUUUUAAGGUGCGCAAAUAUCUUUUCCGACAAUCAAGGUCUCAGGUAUUAGCUCAUUUCUUUUAGUACAGGGAUCUUAUUUGAUGGAGAGGGCUUGAACAACAUUGGGUUGCGUUGAUGUUGGGUAGCUAACAGGAGUCCUAUAUCACAAUUUGCCUUGUGUUGCCUAAACUUAGGGACUUGUAGAGAUUGAAGAUUUUGUUAUUUUAUCAAACAUUUGUUAGUGCA